AUGGAUCCCAUAAACGGCGUCGGCACCAACACGGUCGCUCUCGCCGCAGAGCAUCUCGGCGGUGCCGAUGCGGUGGUGGUGGUGGUGGAGGAGGAGGAGGAAGGCGCUGCGGCAGCGCUCCGUGAGGCUGUGGAGCGGGCUCUCGCCAGCGCCGCAGAAGCUGCGGCUUCGGGUGGCGGUUGCUCCGGCAAAAGCCAUGCCGAGGCUUUUGCGGAGAGUGCGGCGCUGGAGCGGUGGGCAGAUGAGCUCGAGGAGCUUGCCGAGCUCGCGGCAGCGGCGGAAGUCGCGGAGCUCGUUGCUGAGGGCGAGGCGAUCGGGGAGGAGGUGAAAGCCUCCGGGCUGGUCACAGCCUGGAGCGAGGCCCGUCCCGGCGAGCCUGGAUACGCGGAUGAGAACGGGGUGCUGGUGUACCGCGAGCCUGGCCCGCAACGCCACACGUACGUCGUGCUGGAGCUGCGGCGGUCGCGCAGGGCCAGAAAUGGCCCUAGGGCCAGGCGCAACACGCAGGCUGAGAGCGCGCUCCCGCUGUCGUCGGACGCCUUCCUCCAGCUGGCCGGGCGGGUCGCCGUGUGGAGGGAGCAGGUGGUGCGGGUCAUGGAGGCGGACGCCCAGGAGGCGAAGGCGGAGGCGAAGGCUCGGCAGAGGGAGCGCGUCGCUGCCAUCCUCGCGGGCACGGACGCUGCGGGCGCGGGCGCGGGGGUGGAGGAGGCGCUCAAUUGCUGGGAGGAGGAUGCGUACGAAGCGGAGACGCUGGAGGCGCUCGCCGAGUUCGGCGAUUGA